GGAGUAUAAUUUAUCAAAAAAAAGAAUAUUGAUAUCCCUAUACACAAGCACGCAGCGGCGUCCAAAAAACAAAGAAAUUAUCAAAUUCAAAUAUACUUUAUGACACCAUCAAAUACAAAAUACAACGAUCCUUUUCUUUUCCUAUUUUUGGGCUUCAUGAGGCUCGAAUAUGAAUGAGCUUUUAAUGUUUAAGCUUCACUUUGGCCGUGUAUAAACAAAUCCUAACUGGAAAGACUAAAUUAAAAGAAGAGUGAAAAAAUUGAAAGACAUCCUACUUUAUGUUUCUUCUGAAGACCCACUCCUCUCUCUCUCUCUCUCUCACCUAUUUAAUUAUUUUAGACUUGAGUUUGGGAUUUUCAAGACUUUAACUCGUUAUGAAAUUAUGAUUUUGCAUUUAUGUGCUAUUAUACUCCACUAGUUAUGAUUUUCAUGUGUUUUUAUGAUUUAUUAUGCCUCGAGGAGCAUGAUAUCAUUGAGGAGCAGAACACAAUCAGAAGUCUUAGUCUUUUGAAUGAAAUGAUAUGAGAUUACUAUACACUUUCCUAACUACGCGUGAUUGACUAAUUGAUAUAAGACAGACAAAAACACAUCACUAAGACAGAGACAAACACAUUACUCCAACUCUAUUGCAAUGAGCAUGCUCUUGUUCUACUUUCUUCAAUGUUUUUCCAAAUAAUAUGUAAAAAAAUAUGGCCAUCAAUGUUUAUGUUUAUGUUUAUGUAUUACACCUGUCAAUCAGAAUAUAUGUCUUAUAUGCAUCCUUUUCAUAUCAAAUCUUGUAACUUAACAUGAUAGUUGAUUUUUAAGGAAUAUUCAGAGGUAUCUAAUCUGAGAGAGUAUGAUCAGGUAAAUUAUAUGAGCCUUUGCUACUGAUUAAAUAAUGUUUAUCACAGAAAAUUCAAAGUUUGUUUCACUAUUAAAUAUUAGUAUCUGGAUGGUCAAGAUCAAACAUUGCCAUCAGACAGCUCACUAGUCCUUGAAAUUGACUGAUCAAGAUUCAAAGGAGGAAUCAAAUCAAACAGUCGAGUUUCAAAGAAAUUGCAGGACAAUUUACACAGAGAUGGUAAGCAUGCAAGUAUAUAUAAACAAGCGAAGGUUUAUGGAAAGAGCUGAGUAAAGAAAAUAGACAAGCCAAAUACCUAUGUCGGUGCCCAAAUAUCCUGGUUUGCUCGACGAAGAGGAGAGUUAUGAGACUGCACAAACCAUGGACCCAAAGUUAUAUAGAGCAAUAAUGAAAGAUGACAUUCUUGAAUUCGUGAGAGCAAUGGAUUGUGAUCGACAGCACGGGCCAACAGUUUCUUGCAUGCAAUUAGGUCCACAGAACAAGACAGUGCUGCACGUAGCAACAACCUAUGCGAGUUACGAAAUUGUCAAACUAAUCUGCAAGGACUUACCUGACUUAGUUGCUGAAAAGAAUGCCCGAGGUGACACUGCACUUCAUAUAGCAGCAAGAGCCGGUAGUUCACGACUGGUGACAUUGCUAGUUAAUUCAGAUUUCGGAGAAGGUGGUCUGCGUGAGAAGAACGAGGAAGGGAACACUGCCCUGCAUGAGGCACUGAAAUAUGGGCACGAAGAAGUGGCUAGAAUUCUGAUCAACAGGAAGCCAGAGAUGCCCUAUUCUCUUAACAAGGAAGGUAAGUCUUUGCUUUAUCUGGCUGCAGGAGCAGGAUUUCUCACCAUUGUUAGGCUCCUUAUGGACAAUCCUGUUGGGAACUACAGCUCAGGUGCGAAACAUAAAAGCAAGUCGCCUGUUUUUGCUGCGAUACUUGGACACAACAUCGAUGUCAUUAAGUUGUUGUGGGAAAAGGAUCCAUCAAUGUUUCAGCUGAGAAAUGGCAAAGGCAAAAGUCCUCUUCAUGCAGCUGUAUGCAUGGGAUUUACAGAAGGGGUCAAAUUCUUGCUAGAUAGGCAGUUUGAAUUUGCUUACCAGAAAGAUAAACAAGGCUUUUACCCCAUCCACUCAGCAGCCAGCAAAGGACUUGUAGAUGUGAUCCAAACGAUGCUUCAGUGCCGGCCAGAUACGAGGGAGCUGCUAACUACACAUGGUCAGAAUAUACUGCACGUGGCAGCUAGAAGUGGAAAAUACAAAGCAGUGGAGUAUAUGCUUAAAAGGCCAGAACUGGAGAUGCUUAUUAAUGAAAAAGAUGCUGACAGGAACACACCAUUACACCUUGCAACCAUUUAUGCGCAUCCAAAGCUGGUUGGCAUUCUUGUGAGGGAUAAAAGAGUGAUUCCUAGGCUGUUAAACAACAACCGCCAGAUGGCACUUGACAUUGCUGAGGAACAAAUCGAAGUGGGAUUGGUAUCAUUUCACAAGAGGCUUACCUGCAUGGCCUUGAGAGCAGUUGAUGCCCCACGAGCACAUAAACCAACUACUUCCAGAAGCAUGAGUUUUAAGCUGGGAGACCAACCGGAGACAGAAAGUUGGAGAGACAAGAUAAAUACGAUUCUGCUGGUUGCCACACUAAUCGCAACUGUUACAUUUCAAGCAGGUUUCACCGUGCCUGGUGGUUAUAACAAUACCAACUCCGACCAAGGUACUGCAACCAUGCUUAAAAAGGUAAAGUUUCAGGAGUUUGUGAUUUGCAACACCAUAGCAAUGCAUACCUCUGUCCUUGUUGCUGUCACUCUACUAUGGGCACAAUUGGGAGACCCUAGUUCCAUGCGUUUAGCUUUGAAAUCGGCUAUGCUUCUGCUGGGGAUAGCUCUAGCUAUGAUGUCUAUAGCAUUCUUGGCCGGUGUCUACCUAGUUGUCAGUAAACUCUGUUGGCUUGCAAUUACCAUCCUCCUCAUAAGCUCGAGCUCUGUCAUUGCACUGAUAGUGCUAUUUAUUCCUCUAUGUUUCUUGGGCUCAUCAAACCGUCACAUUUUCCGCCGCCUCUCAUACUAUCCAUUCUGUCUUGUGCUAUAUGCACUCAGAGACUAGGAAUUCAAUAGAGGGCGCGAGGUUAUCCGAAGAUAACCUCCAGGUACCGACAAUCAAUAACUGUUUAGUACUUGGUUUUGCGUGCUCGGUCAUUAUGAUGUAAGAUAGGAGAUGGAAGCAUUUCAGAACUACAACAUGCUUAGAGUUCUACACUUUACCAGAUCCUGCAUAAUAGUACAGGCACAUGUCAAAUAUAUGGUGUAUGUAAAUAUGUUCAUGCCUGGAAAUAGUGUGCUCAUAUUGCCUGUAGAAGAUAAACAUCUUGUAAAUAUAGCCUACAAGGCGCUGCUUUGGAAUUGGGUAUUGUUCAACUCUAUUGAACUGCCAAAACAAACAGUUGUGAAGUAUCAUAUCAAGCAUUACAAAUGUGUUUGUAAAUUGACCCUUGUUCUGAUCCUGCAGAAACUAAUCUGUUCAGGACUUUGCAUUUAUUCUACUUUGCUACUUGCCAAUAGACAUAUAUGAACAUAGGUUUUUCGUUACUACAUAAAGAGAUAACUCAAGCAAGAAGAUACUAACCUGUUGCGCUCUUGUUAUCCAUAUGUGGAAUCAUAUAACGUAGCUACAACAAGCAUCAAAUUCAUAAUAAAACCUCAAACCCUAAAAAAAAUCAUGAUACAAAAUACUUAUAAAGUAAUUAAGAGAGAGAGAGAUAGCACACUUUGCACAUACAGAAAUUCUGAUAAACAAAUAACCACAAACACAGGCAGAUUGGAUUCCAAUAAUAGCUGCAAACCUUAAAGAUUUCACAAAUGGCAAACAUAUGAACUCAUUCAGUGCUGAAUCUGAUAACGCCGCAGAAUUUUUCUAGCCAAAUGCAAGAUAAAAUCACAAGAAUGUACGCUUAAGCCACGCUUCCAAACUUAAUACAUUAUCACAACAAACAUUAUCGAUUGGGAAAAUGAAUUAUACCUUGAACCAGAAAAAUUCAACUAAAUCAAUGAAAAUAUAUGACAUCCAGUAGCAAAUUUGCAGAUUUUAACAUAAAAAAAAGAUGCGAGUAAAUAAAAUCAGCAAAAACGAGCUGCUAAAUUUUUAGAUAAUACCAUUUCAUUGAGGGGAAAUCAUUCUCCAUACAUCGAAUUUCAUCAUUCAUAAGGAAACUAUAACAAAAAUUUACAGAAACCCCUAACCCUAGACACGUCAUCAACCGCCGAAACCGUAGAGGGUGCGCCCCUGCCUCUUGAGGGCAUAGACCACGUCCAUCGCCGUGACCGUCUUGCGGCGAGCGUGCUCAGUGUAGGUGACGGCGUCACGGAUGACGUUCUCGAGGAAGAUCUUCAGCACCCCGCGCGUCUCCUCGUAGAUCAGCCCGCUGAUCCGCUUGACGCCGCCACGGCGAGCCAGACGGCGGAUGGCCGGCUUCGUGAUACCCUGGAUGUUGUCGCGGAGGACCUUGCGGUGGCGCUUCGCUCCGCCCUUCCCCAAACCCUUGCCGCCCUUGCCCCGCCCCGACAUUUUCAGCUGCUAAUUAGGAUUUGAAUUUGGUAUCCUCUUCGAU